UGGACCGAAGAAGAAUAGCGGUGUAACACAAAAAGGCCCACCCCUGGAAACAUCAACCUGUUAUCCUUGAGAGUUCAAGACCUUCUUUUCUUUCUCCUGAAAGGCAGACCAGUGAGACUGUGAGCACAACUCAGUUUGGAUAAUCCAUUUCAAAUUAGAGGGUUUCCACCUGCCAAGCCCACCAUCUGGAGCAAGAGGAAGAUCUUGAGUUCUGGGUCAGUCAGUCAUGACGGAAAAGGAAGUUCUAUCAGAGCCUGAUCCAGAAUUUCCUGAUGUGAUUGUAAAGCUGGAACAAGAGGAGGAGCCAUGGGUCCUGGGUCACCAGAGGUGCGAGGAUAGUCGAAUCGUCCAAGGUACCAACUCAGGAUAUAACAUAGAAAUAAAGCAAGAGCAGAAAGAAGAACCAUGGAUGUUGGCUCAGCCAAGAUUUGAAGAAAAUGCUAUCACUGUGGAUCAGUUAGGGUUCCCAGGUGUAAUAAUAAAACUAGAAGUAAAAGAGGAGAGAUGUACCCCAGAUUUCCAUCCCUUUGAAGAAAGUGAGACUGUCUCCAGUUUCCCAUUGGGCCACGAACAAAUGAAAGAAGACCAUCUUCCAUGGGAAAUCAUGAAUGAAGUAAAAACAAAUGACGUAUCCUUGGGAAUAGCUAAAGGGAAUAUCUCUCAUUAUCCAAAGAAAGCAUUUGUUUCUGUGAAGGAAGGGAGAGCAGAAAGGCAGCAAAGAAAUGCCUUGGAGAAGCAAAAAGGAGAGACUUUAUCUUGCUUGGGGAAUGAAACUAAGAACACUGGGUUCCAAAUGAGAGACCAUAAACCUGGAAGAAUGCUUCAAAAAGGGAGGGAACUGUUCAGACACUUAGAUGGUGAGAAAAGAUCUGCUUGGAAAUAUUACCUGAUCACCCACAGAAAACGCCAUCCGAGAGGUAAACUGCAUGCAUGUCUGGUCUGUGGGAAAAAAUUCUUUCAGAGGUCACGUCUUAUGAGACAUGAGAUAAAUCAUACAGGAGAGAAACUGUAUCCAUGCUCAGUCUGUGAGAAAAGCUUCAGUCAAGGAUCCCAUCUUAUUCGCCAUGAAAGGAUCCAUACAGGUGAAAAGCCCUAUCCGUGCUCCGUCUGUGGCAAAAAAUUAAGCCGUAAAGUACUCCUUAUGAGACACGAAAAAAUUCAUACAGGGGAGAAACCUUGUAAGUGCUGUGUAUGUGGCAACAGCUUCUGCCAGAGCUCUGGCCUUAUUGCGCAUCGGAUCACCCACACAGGAGAAAAAUCGCAUGUAUGCUUAGUCUGCGAGAAAGGCUUUAGUUACAAAGCAAAGCUUGUUAGACAUGAGCAAACUCAUAUGAGAGAGAAACCAUGUACAUGUUCAGUCUGCGAUAAGAUGUUUAGUCAGUGCUCUGGCCUUCUUCAACAUGAGAGGAUUCAUGCCAGCGAGGUUCCGUAUACAUGCUCAGUCUGUGGGGAAAGCUUCAGCCGUAAAGAUUGUCUUCUGGGACACGAGGGGAUCCAUACAGCGGAAAAACCAUAUACUUGCUCAAUCUGUGGGAAAGGCUUCAACUGGAAAAGUUACCUGGCUGUCCACGAAAAGAGCCACAAUGAAGAGGAAUCUUACAUCUGCUCCGUCUGCGGGAAAAGCUUCCACCAAAGGUCAAAUCUGCUAAGCCACGAAAAAACCCAUACACAAGAAAAAACCCACACAUGCUCCAUUUGUAGCAAAAGCUUCCUCCAUAAAGUCAGCCUGGUUCGGCAUGAACGCGUCCACACAGGAGAGACGCCUUACAAAUGCUCUGUCUGCGGGAAAGGCUGCAGUGGGCGAACGAACCUGGUUUCCCAUGAAAGGACCCACACGGAAGAACGGCCGUACCCUUGCUCCUUCUGUGGCAAAAGCUUCAAGCAGCGAUCCAACCUGACCAGCCACGAAAGGAUCCAUACGGGAGAGAUGCCUUUUACGUGCUCCCUUUGCGGAAGAAGCUUUGGCUGCAAAGCAAACCUUCUUGGGCACAUGAGGACUCACACAGGGGAGAAGCCGUACGCAUGCCCCAUUUGUGGGAAAAGGUUUGGAAACAAAUCGCAGGUGGUGAUACAUGAGAGAAUCCACACAGGGGAGAAACCCUACACUUGCUUGGUAUGCGGGAAGAGGUUCAAACACCGAACAAGCCAUACUGAACACCAAAAAAUCCAUACGCAGGAGAAACCAUACACAUGCUCCGUCUGCAGCCGACGGUUCAGUCGUAAGGAGCACUUGAUCAUCCACGGGAGGAUCCACACCGGAGAGAAGCCCUAUUCGUGCUCCCUCUGCGAGAAGAGCUUCAAGCAGAAAGCAAGCCUUACUUCCCACGAGAGAAACCACACCGGAGAGAAGCCUCACGUCUGUUCUGUCUGCAGUAAAGGUUUCAAUCGAAGAUCAAACCUUCUCUAUCAUGAGAGAAUCCAUACGGGAGAAAAACCCCAUCUGUGUACAGGCUGUGGGAAGAGUUUCAGGAGUAAAGCGUAUUUGAAAAGGCAUGAAAAAAUCCACAUGCGAUAAAAAACGCACAUGAAAAAUGGUCUGUGAACUUGCAGUGAAAGUUAGGGUCAAGAGAAGAUGAAGCACUCUUUCUAAGAGGGGCACUAUAGGUUGCUGUCAGUUUUUCAGGCUGUACGGCUAUGUUUCAGCUCCAAUAGCUACUCAAAGCCUGAAAAACUCAAAGCAACCCAAUGAUUCCGGCCAUGAAAGCCUUUGACAGCACAGGGGCACUAUACAUGUAUAAGUAAUGUCUGCCCUUUGGCAAAGCAUUUAAUCAGAUAUGAGAAUGAAGCUUGGCAAACCGCUUUUUUCCAAUGGUUAGAGGGCAGAUUAGAAAGCUCUCUAUGUAGAUUACGGCAUUGCACCUGACAUCCAUUGCGCAGUAGCAACCAACAAUGAAAGGACCAAGGCAUUGACAUCUCCGGCCCAUCCCCUGUUUGGAUAUCAGCCAGCAUGCCAAUGCCAUAAAUCAAAAAACAGUUUUCUAAGAUCUACAGAGAUACUCGCAGGAACACCUAGGCAAGCGAGAGUCCAAAAGUGGCAGGCUGAAACCCAGAACCUCGACUCAUGGCUGAGACCGGAUCAGAGACUCCCUCCUGGGCACACAGAAGACUGGGCGACUUGGAGGGUGCUGAACAGACUGGGCUCUGGCACCAUGAGAUGCAGAGCCAAUCUUAAGAAAUGGGGCUACAAAGUGGAGUCCACGACAUGCGAGUGUGGAGAAGAGCAAACCACAGACCACCUAUUACAAUGCAGUCCCUGCCGUUCCAUGCACAAUGGAAGACCUUCUAAAAGCAACACUAGAAGCACUCCAAGUGGCCAGCUACUGGUCAAAGAACAUUUAGUAUUAAUGCCAAGGUUUUUUUUAAAAAAAUGUGUUUUCAAAUACAUUUACAACUUGUACCCUCAGUUUGCUUCUGACACAAGAAAUAAAUAAAAUAAAUAAAUUACA